AUGCAGUUUUCUAAAGCCUUAUUCAUGUGGUCACCAGGUAAUAUGUAUUUGAACUCCACACAAGGAAUUCGGUUCUUCUUUGACACAAACAUCCCUGAAAUAGCAAAGUUUGUUAGCAGUGUUAGGACUACGGCAUCUCAGGAUUUCACCUAUGUCGACACUCUAGAAGGAAGCAAGAGGAAGGGACUUGUCUCCAUAGGGGAUCUCAACACCUUCAUCUACAACUCCAAUGAGAAGCUUCUCGCCUGA